AUGUCGGCCUCAACCACCACCACUACCACUGCCACCGCUGCCCCAGCCAAGAAGUGUGUCCAGACACACGGAAAGAAGAGAAACGCUGUUGCCGUUGCUUACACUACCCCAGGUAAGGGCUUAAUCCGCGUCAACGGUGUCCCCCUCGAGUUGAUCCAGCCAACCACCCUCAGACUGAAGGUCUACGAGCCACUCGUCCUCUUGCCACCAGCUGCCUACAACCAGAUUGACAUCCGUGUCCGCGUCAAGGGUGGAGGUCCCGUCUCCCAGAUCUACGCCGUGCGUCUGUCCAUCGCCAAGGCCAUCGUUGCCUUCCACCAGAAGUACGUCGACGAGCAGUCCAAGAACGAGAUCAAGAAGGUUCUCCUCGCCUACGACCGCUCCCUCCUCGUUGCUGACCCACGUCGCUGUGAGCCAAAGAAGUUCGGAGGUCGUGGUGCCCGCGCGAGAUUCCAGAAGUCCUACCGUUAA